CCACUUCCGCUAGCUACGUAGGCAGUUGCUUUCCUUGUACGUGCACAGGAUUUGACGUCUUGUUUCAUUCGGGGAAAGAAACUUUUUAUAUUUUCAGUGAAAACUGAAAAUAACAGAAAGUGGCGGAAACAAAACGAAGAAGUAAACACUAGGACGGAUAACCCGGCAAACAGUGACCACUUCAGUUGGUGCUGUCUGACUUUGAUCACGACCCUAGACCAUGAGUACGGAUCCUCAAUAUUUGCCUGGCGGCAGUGCCCCGGCUCCAGCCGUUGACCCCAAUGGCUUCAACAUCGAAGAAGAAGCCUACGAACCUCCCACCUACGAUGAAGCUUUUCCCCCCAUGGAGAGCGCCGCCAUGGGCGGCGGGCCAAAGGGAGGCCCAAGUGGACGCGGGCCGUCCUAUGCCAGAAUGGCAGUCAAGUCUUCCAUAGUUACUCAGGUGUUUCAUGUGCCUUUAGAGGAGCGUCGCUACAAAGAAAUGAACCAAGGUUUCGGUGAAUCUGGUAGUCAAUCGAGCAAGAUUUGCACAGAUAUCAUGAAGAACAGCAAUGCAAGCAUUGAGAUGAGUCUUGCUAAGGACCAGAGUUUGACCAUUGUAGUGACCGGCAAGGAGGAAGCGGUCAUCAAGGCCAGGAGAGAGGUCAUGAACAAAUUACAAACACAGGCGAACAUCACAAUCCAGAUCCCCAAGGAGCAUCAUCGUUUUGUCAUCGGGAAGGAAGGUAAGAAGCUGAAAGAGCUGGAACAAGUCACCAUGACCAAGAUCACCAUACCAAACAGUGAAGAGAACUCGGAUAUGAUCAGGAUUGUCGGACCCAAGGAAGGCAUCGAUCAGGCCAAACACGAACUACAACUCAUUUCCGAUGAACAGGCCAAGAGAGCAUUUGAGCGAUUGAUCGUCCCCUACAAGUACCAUCCUUUCAUUUGUGGACCUGAGAACUGUUUCAUCAAGGACCUUUCAGCCAGGACCGGAGCCAAGAUCAGCGUUCCACCCCUCAGUGCUAGGAAGGAUGAGAUUGUUGUGGCUGGUGAGAAAGAAGGUGUCCAUGAAGCCAAAGCUCUCAUCCUAAGGACCUACGAAGAGAAGAAACUCAAGACCACCACCGUCUCCCUGGAAGUCCGCAAAUCCCAGCACCGUUACGUCAUCGGCCCCCGCGGCUCCAACCUUGCUGACAUCUUGAAGGAGACCGGAGUCUCCGUAGAAGUCCCCCCGACUGACAGCCCAUCUGAGACCAUCACACUGCGGGGUGAACAGAGCCAGCUGGGACCAGCUAUCACACAGGUCUAUGCCAAGGCUAACAGCAUCAAGAUGGUGGAAGUAUUCGCUCCAGCCUGGCUUCACAGGUUCAUCAUCGGACGACAAGGAAAGAACGUCAGGAACAUUACGCAAAACCUACCAAAGGUUCAUGUAGAAUUCCAGGAAGGCCGUGAUGUCAUCGUCAUUGAAGGACCGCCAGAAGAAGUUGAGAAAGCGCGUUCAGCGCUUGAGGAAAUCUCCCGCGAUCUCCAGAACCGCCUCUCAUUUGUUGACAUCAACAUCGAUCCUAAAUUCCACAAGCACAUCAUCGGAAAGGCUGGUGCAAACAUCACCCGCAUCAAGAAGGAUACCGGUGUGUCUAUCCGCAUCCCUAGCGAUGAGGAGAAGAGCAGCAACAUCAGGAUUGAGGGAAGUCCAGAAGGGAUCCAACAAGCCAAGAAGGAGCUUCUGGAGAUUGCUCAGAGAUUGGAAAAUGAGAAAUCCAGAGACAUUCUGAUUGAGCAUCGAUUCCAUCGCACCAUUAUUGGAACCAAAGGAGAAUAUAUCAAAGAUAUCAGGGAUAAAUUCAAACAGGUUCAAAUCACAUUCCCAGACCCCGGCAAGCAGAGUGAUGUAGUGACCCUUCGUGGACCCAAACAGGAAGUAGAUCUGUGUCACCGUUUCCUCAAAGAACUCACCAAGGAACUGGUGGAGAACAACUUCCAGGUCUCCUUGCCCAUUUUCAAGAAAUUCCACAAGAAUGUCAUUGGCAAAGGAGGCUCUACCAUCAAUACAAUCAAGGAGGAGACAGAUACAAGGAUUGAGAUUCCCACAGAGAGCAGCGACAGUGACCUUAUCAUCAUCACUGGCAAGAAAGCCAACGUUGAGAAGGCUAAGCAGAAGAUCAUGGCCAUCGAGAGCGAACUGGCCAAUAUCACCGAAGCUGAGGUGCGCAUCCCGACCAAGCACCACCAGUCGAUGAUUGGCUCCAAGGGUCGUCUGAUCCGAGCUAUCAUGGAAGAAUGCGGGGGCGCUCACAUCCACUUCCCCAAGGAAGGCUCAGGAAGUGACAGGGUCACCAUUAGAGGACCAAAGGAAGAGGUGGAUAAGGCUAAGAAACAACUCAUGGAUCUGACCAAUGAAAGAGAGCAGGCCAGCUUCACUGCCGACGUUCAUGCCAAGCCGGAAUACCACCGUUUCCUCAUCGGACGCGGAGGAGCAAACAUCCGCAAGGUGCGUGAGGAGACGGGAGCGAGGGUUGUCUUUCCCAACAACAACGAUGAUGACCAAACUCUCGUCCAGAUUAUCGGGACCAAGGAAGCCGUUGAGGAGGCGAAGAAGAGACUGGCCAGUCUCAUCAAAGACCUGGAUAACAUCACCGAAGCAGAGAUUGACGUCGACACCAAGUACCACCGUCACUUCGUGGCCCGCCGCGGACAGGUUCUGCGUGAGAUCGGUGACGAGUACGGUGGCGUGACGGUCAGUUUCCCUCGCAACGGGUCAUCAAGCACAAAGGUCACCAUCAAGGGAGCCAGGGACUGUGUCGCUGGGGCCAAGAAACGUAUUCUGGAGAUUGUAUCUGAUCUGGAACAGCAAGUUUCGAUUGAAUGCAUCAUUGCGCAGAAGUUCCACGGAACGGUGAUGGGUCCUAAAGGUUCUCGUAUCCAGACUGUGACGCAGGAAUACGAAGUAGCCAUCAAGUUCCCCGAUAAGAACACACCCGCUGCCCAACCCGUGAACGGAGAGACCAACGGCGAUGAUGCCCCAAAGAAGCAAGACAUCAUUGUGAUUACCGGCAAGAAAGACAAGUGUGAUAAGGCCAAGGAAGCUCUGUUGGCUCUGGUCCCAAUCACACAGGAGGUCAACGUUCCCUUUGACUACCAUCGUUACAUCAUUGGAGCCAAGGGGGCCGGUGUGAGGCAUAUGAUGGAAGAGAAUGAUGUGAACAUCACCAUCCCACCAGCUAGUGAACAGUCGGAUGUCGUGAUUGUGAGAGGUACACCUGCCAAUGUAUCAAGGGGCGUGGAAGCUCUCAUCAAGCGAGUCAAGGAGCUGGAUGAUGAACAAGAAGACAGAGUGAGUAAACAUUUUUUCCUUGAGCACGCGUGUGAGUUUGUGUGAGUUGCAGUCAGAUGU